GAUAUGGACUAAUAUGUUCAGCCUGGCCUGGUCAUUCAGUGUGAAGUCAUGGGAUAUGUUUGCAUUUAUUAUUAUUAUUAUUUUUAUACUUUAUUUGACUAUUGUAUGCAGAUGUUUUCCUUUUUCUAAUACAGUAUAUGCAAUACAUCACAAAUAGUUCUAGCUUUGGUUCAGAACCUUCUUACCUUACAUUGUUUAGUUAGAUUUAUAAAUAAUCUACCAUGGCCAAUAAGAGUUCUGGACCUUUCUUUGCAUCACCUCACAUAGUUCCCCAUCCUGCUUUGUUUGUUCUAAUCCUAUAAGGAACCUAGCGUGCCUAUUACAUCUCUAUUGUAAUCUUGGCAUGUUAACCAGUUUUUCCCCUGAAUUUUGUAUCAGGGUCAGUGUUCCUGAGUCUUUAAAGUGUGACAUAAAUUUUCAAAUUUAACCUCAAGUAUAUCAAGUCCUAGAAAAAGUGUCAAGUGUAAAACAUUUAGUAUUUGAAAGUAAAAUGAGGAACAAGGCCUUUAUGGAGGUGAUUUGUGUCUUUAUUAUUCAAUAAAUUAAAAAAAAGUUGCCUUAAUCAAACAUUUCAAUCAAAAUAUAUAUCUUCAAUAAAAAGUCACGUCAAUUAAAAAGUGAAUGCAAAAAUACAUUUGAAACCAAAAAAAAAAUGCCUUUGAAAACUUUCUUUUUGGAUUGGUCUUAUUUGGUUUUGUUUGAAGAAAAAAAUUUUUUUAUUGAAUAAUAAAGACAGAAAUGUCCUAGCCAAAAUGUGGCCCAAACACAAAACAUUACUUCAAUCAAAAAAGUUUCAAUACAAAUUUUCAAAUGCAUUUUUUUUUUUAUUCUUAAAUUUAUUUUUGCAUCCAAGCACGUUUUUAAUUGGACCGACUUUUUUUUUUAAAUUGAAAAUAUAUAUUUUGAUUGAAGCGACUUUAAAAAAAAUAUAUAUUGAAGCAACUUUUGGAUUGAAUAAUAGAGACACAAAUCUACCUCCUUAAAUGAGGAGUGUGCUGUAAGUAGACCCCCCCCCCCCCCCCCCCUUCUAAUUUUGUGACGUUUGACCCAGUCUGGCAGCCCUCCAAAGUCAUGCUAGCCGAGCUGAUAUGCUUUUCCCUCUUAAAAUGAGUAAAACAGGCUCAUAGCCCGUACCACCCCCAGUAUUAUUUGGCAUGGGCGUUAUGAAUAGAAACUGGUGGAUUUUGAAGCGCGUAUUACAAGAAAUCUGUCCCUGUACCUUUAAGGCAAACACGAACAGAUGGGGAGGAAGUGAAGAAAAUUAGCUUUCGGUUCCUCUCGAAACUUAUUGAAUUGUAUACCUGUGGCUCGCAUACUGGAAAACGAAAGCCUAAAAGCGGCUCAGUGUUUUUGCUUCUGUAACACACAAUCGGACACUCGACCCUCAACCCUAAACUACGACACGGUAAGUGGCUGCAAGUAGACGAGAACUGUAAAUGCACGCUCGAUUUCAGAUGGCGGCCACAAAUGUACAGGAUGAGUUUAGCGAGGUGGAUAACGCUUUAGCGCCCCCAAAUGGCGCUGGUAAUGAAAUGCAGGCUGUUGGUCAAGAAGACGACAACAUGCAUGGUCAGUUGGAGGAAUUUUUAGGUCCACAGGCAGAAUUCAACGAGGAAGAGGAAGAGAAAAAAUAUUACAGGAGGAAGCGAUUUGGAGUCAUUAAGAAUGUGGUGGCAGCCAGUACUGGAGCCAUGAUUCUGUACAGCGUAUACAUGGGGUUACUGCAAAUGCAGCUUAUCCUUCAUUAUGAUAUGACGUAUCGUGAAGUAAAGUACAGCAACCUCGGUCUUCAGGACAUUGAUCGGAAGAUGCUGAGGGGGAUCAAUGUAACACCCAUAUUAGGCCUUCUUUACACCCCCAUUUUCAUCAGAUUUCUAGGAACAAAGUGGAUGAUGUUUUUGGCUUCAGGGGUCUAUGCAUUUUUUGUCUCUACCAAUUACUGGGAGCGUUACUACACCUUGGUUCCAUCUGCUGUUGCUAUCGGUGUGGCCAUUGUGCCACUGUGGGCCUCCCUUGGAAAUUAUAUCACAAGGAUGGCACAGCAAUAUUACGAAUACGUCAACUAUAAGGAAGAGCAUGUACAGGAGCAGAAGAAGAUUCCAAAAGGAGCAUGCCACAAAUACAUUAUCGUCUUCCAGUCAAUCUUCAAUAUCAUCUUCAAUCUGAGCUUCAUCUUUGCCCAGUUACCCAUGCGUCUCAUUCUCAAUGGCUACAUCCAAGACCCCAGUCAUGUUCUCUCGAAAGUCAACAAGUGUGGUGCUGUAAUCAGUGGCGUGAUUCCGGGAUUCAACACCACUGUGUUGAAAAGUCUACCACAGUCAAUGAAGCUGAUCAUCGUUGAGAGUAUCUUCAUGGGCUUCGCAUUCCUUUCCAUGAUUAUUUUCCUUGUGCUGUGUGGCGCCGCAUACAGUCCAACAGAGGAGAUCGACCUCCGCAGUAUUGGCUUUGGAAAUAUUUUCCAGCUUCCUUUCAAACACUUUAGAGACUACCGCCUACGUCUUCUCUGCCCUUUCUUCAUCUACAGUGGAUUGGAAGUUCUCUUCGCCGUCACCGGACUCACCUUGUCCUAUGGCGUAUGUACUUUGGGUCUAAAUAAACUUUGGCUCUUGAUUGUGGUCUAUGGGCUCUCCACCUCGUGCUUCUCUUUCCUGGCCUUCUUGCUCCUCCGUCUUCCGCGGUGGGUGUGCCUAUUAGGAGGAGCUGCUGUGCAUUUAGUGCUACUGGUGGUACUCAUGGUGUUUUCACCAACCCCACGAGAUCAGCGUUAUCAGGCCCCUCUUCUAGUGAUUUCUAUGCUUUGGGGACUUGGUACAGCCCUGAACAAGACUGGAGUGAGCACUGUGCUUGGUAUUUUAUAUGCUGAGGAGAAAGAACGUCUGGACUUCGUCUACACAAUCUAUCACUGGUUGCAAGCCAUUGCAAUCUUUGUAGUUUACCUUUGGUCAGAUUUGCCAAUGAGGGCUAAACUUGCCAUCCUGUUAGUGACUUUACUGCUAGCAUGCUAUUGCUACUGGGUGAUGGAACACCGCCUGGCCAAGAAUGUACAUCGUAGAUUGCCCCGUAUCCCACGUCCAAGGCACAAGGUCAAAGGUUAUCGCUAUUUGGAAGACGGCAACUCAGAUGAGUCAGACUCUGAGAAAAGCGAGGAGGAUGACGAAAACAAUGCUGAGGACAUAGAGGCAGAGGAGCUGGUGAAUGAGUUUGGAGCCGAGAACAUGGAGGCCGAACGCCAGGACGAUGGUGAUCUGGGAGCUGACUCACUCAGGGCCAGGAGGAAGAGGGCAGAAAAUCACCAGCAAAGGGAGGAGGAUAUCCAUGCAAUUGAGGGCCAGAGGGGAUGAACACGAUUAAAUUAAGAGAAAUGAAGUGAGUGAUUUUGACAGGGACGCAAGUUUUCAUUUCAUCAUGCUUAAAAUCAUUCUUAGUUUUCGAUGAAUGAAAAUUGUUCUUUUAUCAAGCUGUAACUAUAUUCAGAAUUGUGACAGUUUUGUAAAAAAUCGAUUAAGCUAGAUCUUUUCUGCAGAUUGAAAAUGUAUUUUCUGUGUUUAGAGUUUAUUUCUUUUGAACUAUGUGGCUUUAAGAAUGCAAUUUCACAAGCGUGUGUUGAUGGUGUGUGUGUGUGUGUGGGGGGGGUGGUAAUAAAAGAGACAUUUAAAGACAUAAAAGCUAUAAAAGUCUGAGGUGACCUAUUUUGGUUUUUAGGUUAUUUAGUAUUAAUAUUAUUUAAAUAAUUAUUGAUGGCCUUGAAUGGCGUUUGCAAUAUAAUUUGUUUUGAAAAUGCCCAGAAUGUACUUAUUCAAGGCCCUCCAAACAAUUACUAAUUGAUGGCUGACUGGGUCAAAUUUAAAAUACAGUAUUUCAUAUUUAAAUAUAAACAGUUUUCUACGAUUGGCUAAUUAGCAAAGCAUUCAACUGCAGUCCACAAGUUUCCAAAGGCAACGACAUAAGAGCAGGGGAGAUUAAUUUGAAGUAAUCAAGUACUUAAACACCUGACGGCCUCGCGCUGUCCACAUUUCUGUCAACAAUUACAGUGUUAAGUAUCGUAGUAAACCACAACAAAUGUGUGUAUUUGCAUAUACUCUUAUUACCAUGCUUAGAUGGCUUGGCCGGGGCCUAUAGCAACUGUUGUCAGAAAAGAUGAAAUUGCGCAUAUUGUGUAUCAUUUACUAAGUCAAUUUUCCUGAAAACGGUACAUUCCGGCUUCCAAAAAGCUUAGAGAAUUCUCACAAAAUACUGUGACUUGAAGCCAUUAAUAAACUGAUCUGAGUUUGGCGCAAUUCAAUAUAUUUGCAAGCUCUCCUGAGAUGAGUGGCCGUCUGCCGAGAGCAAAGCAGACAGGCAAAGAAAACCUUGGAAAGGAAAAAUGUUGAGAAUUUGUUUCUUUGUCUAUGACUUGGAGUGCGUUUACAGUUUACCUAUUUUUUGUUCAGUGUUGUUGGCUCAUUUGUACCUUUUUUGCCAUUCACUUUUGUUGCUGUGACUGUUUAAUGUAUUUGAUGCUGCUGUCUGACUUUUGCUGUGAUUAAAACCAUUUGGUGUUUUCCUGCCUUUACUUCUGCUUUUAAGUUCAUCGGCUUUAAAGUUGAG